AUGCUUUAUGGGGUGAAAUCAUUGCAGGUAGUAGUGGAGAAUGAUGAGCUAAGGAGACGCUUACUGGAGGGCAACAGUCCAUUCCAGACAAGCUGCUUCGCCAGACUCCUCCAACUCUCACUUGAAAAAAAAAAAUCCGCUGCAUGGGAUCACCGGCGUGUCCCAUCAUGUCAGACACGGCCGGCCGGACACCAGCUCCGAGAUCACCACCAAGGCCUUAAGGGAGAAGGAAGUUGUGGAGGAGGCAGAGAAUGGAAGCAAUGCACCCGCGAAGAGAACGCUAAUGAGGAAAAUGGGGAGCAGGAGGCUGACAAUGAGGUAGAUGAAGAAGAGGAAAAAGGAGGGGAGGAGGAGGAGGAAGAGGAAGGUGAUGGUGAGGAAGGGGAUGGAGAUGAAGAUGAGGAGGCUGAGGCAGCUAUGGGCAAACGGGCAGCUGAGAAGGAUGAGGGUGACGAUGUUGUCACCAAGAAGCAGAAGACCGAUGAGGAUGACUAGACAGCAAAA